AUGUCCACCAAUCAGGCCGGCCCGGAGGUCGAAUCGGAGAAGAACCAGAGCAUCGGAGCUAAGGUAGCAAAGCAGCUUAGCAAGAGGAUGUCUCUGGGGGGAAAGAAAGAAAGGAAAGAAAGCACAAGCAAGGAAAGUACUAGCAAAGCCACGGCCGGGGAAAAUGGCAUCAGCCAAACUUCGACAAAGGAAAACGCUAGCAAGGGAACCGCUGCGGAAAGCGGUAUGGGCAAGCAGGGCCUCGACAAGGGAGAAGAGGCUAAGAACCAAGCUAUGACAGGAGAUAUGAGCGGCGUCAAAGGGGAUGCUGGAAAAGGAGAAAAUACCAAGAAUGCCACAAGGGAAGGAGAUGCUGUCGGAGCUGUUGGAGGACUCGGGUCAAAUAAAGAAAAUAUCAAAAAGCCAGCCGAGGAAGUCGGCCACCGCGUCUUUGGCCACAAACCCAGUGUCGUUGCGAACGAUUCAAACGAUGAUAUUAAACAGGGACCGAUCACACAUGGUCGUAAGGACCAGCGAGACACCAGGAGCGGCCGUGCCUUCUCCGGAGCAGGAGGUAGCGGAGAAGGAGAUCUCAAUAAAGCUGGUGGCGGCUCGGCUCCUGGAGAAGCUGCAGCCGGAGGCACCGGUCAUGGAAUCUCAUUUGCUGGAAGCAAUGCCUCGAAAGGAGACACAUCCGCAGGGGGUAUGACUGGAGACGGUGCUACCGGAAGCAAAACGGCCAGGGGCUAUUCCACAGGAGAUACUGUUUCUACUGCAAGUCUCGCUGGAAGUAAAACCAAGAAGGACAGUGCUGGAAAUAGCAUGGCUGGAAGCAGUGCUGCCAAAGACAAUACGACUGGAGCCAACACUGGCUUCACCGAUACGACUUUGGGUACUGGUACCGGAGGUGCUCUUGCUGGAGGAAUCCUUGCUGGAAGCAGCACCUCUGAAAGAAAUGCAUCUGAAACCAAGACCUCCUACAACUAUACUUCAAAGAGUACUGGUGCCGGGAAUACUCUCACCGAAAGAGCACUCGGUGGAAGCGGUGCAUCGAGAGGAACCCCCUCUGGUGGUACUUCUAGCGGAGGCGGUCUUUCGAGAAGUAACGCCAGAGGGAAAGUUGGAAGUGGUGUGACCGCAAGUUACAUGUCUCGAAGUGAUUCCGACAAAGAUAUUGCUGGAGGCGCCGCCAUUGGAGGCGCUGCUGCUGGAGGUGCCGCUGCUGGGGCAUUCGCUGGAAAGAAGGCUACAGGUCCAGGUGCGACAGACGACACUCUCAGCCAGGAACUCAGAGAAGAAUCCCACAUUAGCAAUGAUGUCUUCAGCUCUGGAGCUUUCAACCAAGCUGCAGCCAAGGGCCUUUCAGGUGGCAAAUCAAUCUCCCAUGAUCCUCCCGGCAAGAGCAAGAGCAACAUUGGAAAGCAUAAGAAGGGUCACCAGACCUCUCAGGCUUCCAAGAGUGGUCUCAGCCAGGGAAUCACUUCAGCGGGACAAACCGACAAGGGCCUGUCCUCUAUAAGUGGCCUUGGAAUGGGAGCUGCUGGCGGUGGAGUUCUCGCUGGAGGAGUCAUGAGUAGCGGAGGUUUCGGACAAGGUAUGACCCAAGGCGGCAUGAGCCAGGGAGCCUACGGCCGAGGACAAUCCAGCACCGCCACUACCGACACGACGGACACCAGCCGUACGCAGACCAAGCGCGUCGUCCAAAACUUUAGUGGCGGCGGUAACAAGGCCACUGUCCUUCAGGACAAGGUCCAGGCUGUUUCCCAGAAGUGCAAGACACAGCUUGGCCUCUCUGCGAGCGAGAUUAACCAGAGAAGCCCAACCGUGGAUACCUUCUUCGAUGCAGUGGCUGCCGAGCGUCUCCGCUGGAUGCCCCGUGAUGGAAGCAGACUCGACUGCAGCCUCAGAUGGGCCUCCCGACUCGCGUAUGCAGUUGAUGCCCUACGGGAGUCGAUUGGGGCCUUUGCACCCGGAGCCGAUGAAGCGGCCAAGCUCAUUUGGGGAUUCGAGAUACUCCUCUUGGAGUCUGAUCUUGACAAUAUGGACGUGUUCGAAAGCGUUUUCGGCAGAUAUGGCCGUGUUGCUGUCCACAUCUAUCUGCUUCUCCAGUAUGAGAGCGCUUACAAGUCAUCCCCGGAACUUCAGCCAGGGGCCGCCGCUGUAUAUGCAGACCUGCUCGAAAUGGUCUGCAACACCACAAUCAGCUGCAUCGAGGGAGCGAAGAGCAAGGAGUCUGAGCAGGCCAUUGCUCACAAUGUUGACUCCGCCUUCGUGAACUAUUCCAAGCGCUACUCGACUCACUGGAAUGAGAUUGUUGAAUCUGCCACGUCGAAUCUUUUGAAUAAGAGCUCGCUGAUCUACAUGACGCCCGAACUGGGCAGUCUCCGCCAGUUCCUGGGUGUUCAGGACCGCCCUCUUCAGUUCAUUCUUGAGUCCCGCACGCAUUCCCUUGCGGAAGGAUCGUUUGAAUGGUUCAACAACACUUUGUAUGACUUUUCCGUCGGGAAGUCUCCAGUGAUGCUGGUGAAUGGUGGCCCCGGCUCUGGAAAGAGUGCCCUGGCCCAGUGGACCGUGGAGCGGCUCCAGGAAUCAGGCGAGCACGACAACUGGAACGUGAUCCCGUACACAAUUCGGGCUGAUAUCCCUGUCGCGACGCUGCCACUGCGCUUCCUGAAGGGUAUGAUGCACCAGAUGCUGGAUCAUUGCGUCAGCGACCAGGUUACCCAAGAGGCCAUUCUGGUAGAAGUUGCUAUGGCAGCCCAAGGUGCACUUGAUGGUGCUGGUGAAGCCGAAGUUGAAAAAUCGCUCUGGAGGGGUAUUCGCAGAGGAUUGAACUCGGACAUUCAGUUCAUGUUUGUGGUGGAUGGUUUGGACCAAAUGAAGGGUGGUGAUACUGACGCCAUUGCCUGCCUUGACCAAUUCACCGAGAUUCUAUCUGAACAGAAUGCAGGGUCAAAGAUGAUUGCCUUCACCAGACCACUCGGCUCAAAAGUCCGCGCCAGGGGCAUCGAGCAGUUCACGAUGCAGACUUCCCAGACUCAGACGGAUCUGGAAGCCUAUGUAGCUAAAAUGCUAUCCGGCUCGCAAUUUGAUGGCCCCAUGGACAAUGAGCUCGAUUCAGCCGUGUCUGUCAUCGUCAACCGCUCUCAGGGCUCCUUCAGCUGGGCAGAGAUGGCAGUCGCAUACGCUCGACAGCAGAGGACUCUGAACCAGGCAAUCUCGUCUGUGGAGAGCCUUCCACAGACCAUGUCUGACUUGCUUGACUUCCACAUGAAGAACAUGGACUUCAGUCAUCACGAGACACGCUAUAUCAUGUCGUGGCUCGCUGCUGCUGAAAGACCAUUGCUGGUUGAAGAGGUGGAACAGCUGCUCGCUGUGGAUCCUCAGGGUCCCAAAUUCAUGUCACGCUACUACCAUGGCGAGGAAAAGUGGUUCAGCUCAUUGAAGCCUCUGGUUAUGACCCGCGAUGGCGUCGUUUCGUUUGCGCACACAUGUAUCCGCGACCAUGUCAUCAAGCAGGCCAAAUCUGCUAGCACCAAAUCUCCACUCAAUCUGAGAGAGGCUCAUUACGAUCUUCUCACCAGGUGCCUUGCGUGGGUUCAGUUGAGCGUUAAAGAGGAGGCCGAAAUUUCCAUGGACAAGCUGAGCAUGGAGGAGCGCAACCAUCUCUUCGACAAGUAUGUCAUGCUGGAGUAUACCGCCCGGUACUGGCUAUCUCAUCUCCUAUCGUCACCUCUGGUUACCGACGAUGGAGAGUUCCAGUUCACGACAAGCUUUAAGAAACUGGUUCCUCCUACUGUACUCUUUGCCCGCCUCGAGUUGACCUGUAAAGAGUCACAGUUCACCCGCUCUAGUGUCGUCGAGCUGUAUCGACUGGCGGCGGACAUCCGUCGCAUAGUUUUGGGGGAGAAGUCUAUGGCUCUUCUCCAAAGUCUGCUCUUCAGUGCACGCGUCUCCAAACUGGCUCAUGCCAACCAUGCCGAUGAGCAUAGUUACGAGGCAUGGAGACUUAGCCAAGAGCUUCUGGGCCAGUCUGAUAACAUCACUUUGAACUGUGCCGAGAUGAUGACCCAGUCGUUCACCGAGCGAGGCAGCAUGACUACUCAGCAGGAGGACAUCAUGAAAUACCUGAUCUUGACCGAUUCGGAGAUCACCGGUAUCGAGUUCAACCAGCGUCUCAAGUAUCUCGGAAUGAUCUCCGGCAUGUACAAGACUCGAGAAGAACAUGAGUCUGCCCUCAUCGUCUCCAAGCAGUUCUACCAGCAAGUCAUGCAGACAUACGGCACCAACUCGAGACAGUCGACUGAGACCGCGGACUUCUUGACUAGUCAGUUCCCAACUACCGGAAGUGACGAGAUGAGCCGUGACAUAGCGAGAACCAAGUAUGACAACAUGCUUCGCACCAUGGAAGUUGACGACGAGCGUCGCAUCAAGUACACAAUCUACAUGGCUCAGAUGUACGAGCAACAGGGUGAGACGGCCCAAGCCCAGGCAGUUUUGUCUGCUCUAUGGGCCGGUCUCAACUCUCGCGACAUCGACUCGGUUGAGAUGAUGGACAAGAAGGCGAAUGUUGCACUGGUAUACUACCAGUUCCUUCGCCGACAGGGCCGGAAUGAGUCGGCGGAAAUCAUCAUCCGCGAACUUGUCGCAGACCUCGAGACCACUGGUAUUCACUCUGAGGAGAUGAUGCAGCGUGUGCAGCUCCUCCGUAUUGAGACCCAGGAAAUGCACCUGUACAGCAUGGACCGGGCGCUAGCUAUCCUGAUGUGGCGUUACUACAAGGAGACCAACCAGGAGUACUCUUCCGAUGCUACGACUCUGGCUCUUUCGCUCGCCGAAGGCAUGGCCGCAACGGUCUCUAUGCAGAGGUCUUCUGGCCUAUCUGCUCGAGACCGGAAGUUGAUGGUUGAGCUUCUGGAUUCCGUCGCUUCGUCACCCAGGAACCUCUCCGUUUCCACAUUGAUUCUGUGUCACAACCUUGCCAGCAUUUAUGUGCGCGAGGGUGACUGGGUCGAUGGUGGUGAAUGUUCCAAGGCUGUUCUGCAGCAUAUUUGGCCUGCCGUUGAGCAAGCCGGGUCUCACAAGAAGUUCUCAACAGAAUUGGCACCUCCAAUUGCCGAUCUGGCAUUAAUCUUGGCUUACUGCCACUUCCGCAGACUGCAUUUGGAUCAGGCAACUAUUGUCUACGAGAACGCCUUUGCUUCGUUGAUUGCAUCCGACAGAGUGCCCGUGCCUUCGGUUUUGGCUGUGGCUAAGGCAGUGGUUGAAUUCUACGAGACCACCUUCCAAUUCACCAAGGCUCUCACCCUGCUUCAUACUGUCAGCAAUUUCCUGGCGACUAGACUGGGUGAGACUCACAAGCACACGAUUGACAACUUGUAUCUGGAAGCUGCUUUGGCGGACCGACUGGAGAUGAUUGACCAGGCGAAGACCACCUACCAGCGCAUCUAUCAGAGCACGGUUGGAGAUACCACAAUUGCUCCUGAGGGUAUUGAAGCUGCACUUGCUCUCAUCGGUCUGUAUGAGAAAAAGCUGCAGUGGGAUUCUGCUCUGGAUGUCUACCGGCAUCUCUGGCCGACCCUCGUGGUCCAAGACAACACGUCUACCUAUGAUCAGGCUGAAGUCGAGCGAUUGCUGGAGAAGACCUAUCUGGGAUACAUGACCAUUCUGACUUCCCGGACAAAGACUACCGACUUCUCUGAAAGAUACAAGGUCGCAUCCGACUACGCGACUACUUGCCGUAAUGUUUAUGGACCCACGGAUCAGAAGACGCUCAGCGCACUUCUACUCUACGCCGAGCUGUGUGAGACCAACGACUCGUACAUUGACCAGGCUAUCGCGCUAUACAAGCAGCCUCUUCAGACCAACGACUGGGUGCCUACAUCCCAGUCAUCUAAGCCUCUGGAGCAGAUGUCGCAGCCGCUGCCCAUCACGCUCAAGCACAAGCUGGCGCAGCUCUUUGUCCGCAAGCGUGACUCAACAAGUGAGGCUCGCUCGCUGUACACCGAGGAGUACCAAUUGGCAAAGAAGACUCAAGGAUACUUCUCUACCACGACCUUGUCUUGGCUUCGAGAGCUUGCUCUGGCCCAUUCUCGCCAGGGUACACCAUCCUCCGUCCAGCAAGGCAAUGCCCUUCUCCACACCUAUGUCACAGAUGUCCUCCACGCUGGCGGUGAUCCCGACAUGAUGGGCGACUGGGCCCGCAAGAUCGCCUCCAUCUACCUGGAGUGUGGAUUCAUUGAAGGGGGCAACAAUGUUCUCGAAGAGCUCCGCCAUCGUGUUAUCUCUGCAUCCGACGCUUCGGCAAUGCCCCUGGGAGAGCGUCGCGACGCCAUGUUCGUGGCCUCCUACGAGGAAGUGUUCAGCCGCCGUACCACCUCCCAGCAGAUCCUCGUAGAGAUGAGCCGCGAGAUGCAGAUCCAGCAGACCUUCUCGAAGAACCUUUCCGGCCACGACUUCAUCCCGACGCUGAUCUCUGGCGAACGUCUUGCCCGUCUGCAGACCGAUCAGAAGCGUACUCGUGCCGCGAAGGAUACCCGUGAGCGACUGUACGAGUACUUCUGCGCUACGCUAUCUGCUACCAAGAUUGCAGACCACGAAAUCGUGAUGCAGUUCUUCGGCAUCUGCCUCCGCGAAGUGCAUAACGAGAACUACUGCUUGAACAUCCUCAAGACAACCACCAGCCUAGUCCGCGAUCUGUGCAAUGAAUCGCGCUUCCAAGACGCAAGCGAUGUCACGGGUGUCUUGCACUCAUUCCUGCACCUGACCGACGGCUUGGACAACUACGAAAGCAUCAUCACGGCCACCAAGUUGUGCUUGUACCUGAGCGGCCAUCAAGCCACCAAGUGCCAGAACGAGAAACUCUUCAACGAGAUGUCUCUCAAAUCCAAGAUGCUGCUCCAGGAACUCAUGGCCUCGGCCAAGUCAAUGGGCAUCGAGAUCGUCGAUCUCCCUUUCACCGAGCUAAACGACAUCAUCACCUUACUCGGCGAGUACGAGAUGUUCGACGACCUCGAAGGAAUCCUGACACAGCUCUGGACUUCCCGAAUUGUCCAGCGCACGUGGACUCCAGACGUGGUUGUCUGGAUCGGCCGACGACUCGUCGAGACGCGCUUCUGCCAGGGCUCCGUCGACUCCGCUAUCCAGCUUUGUCGCGAUAUCUGCUACAACCUGCGCCAGGUAUGGGGUAGCUGUGACAACGUCACACUCGAGAUGACCAAGCUCCUGUCAGCUCUCUACACAGCCUCGGGAGACAACAAGUCCGCCGCCACCCUACAUGAAGGCGUGUUGUACGACCUACUGGGCGACUCCGAAGCCAAGAGCCAUCCCAACGCUUCGGAUGUGGUUUCCCAGCACUUGGAGCUACUCCGCCGUGCCCAAUCUCGUCUUGGUGCUGGAGAGACCGCCCGAUCAUCUUCGCAUGCCGAUCUCGUUGCGCAGGUGACGGAUCGCUUCGGUCUACAGUCCGCGCAGAUCGAGGGCGUGGGCGCUGCCCACGGCGGCGAGCAGUUCGGCGUUUGGACCAAACCUCGUCGGUUCAGUAUUGAUGUUGAGGAUCUGGAUGAGCAGGGCCAGAUGCAUCAUAAUCACUUGCGAGAGUCUAGUGGUGCGGGUUUGUUGACCGGUAGUGGCGCGCCUAGGAGGAUCUCGGUGCAGGCGCUGUAA